CGAGGCCCCUGGCUCUUCGCCCCGGCGAGGGUUCCUGGCCGCGCGAGCCGCGAGGCUCCGCCGCCCCCAGGGCGCCAUGCCCGCUCCGCCCGAGCGCCACCGCGAGGGGGUGCCGCCGUGGCUGGGAAGCUUCGUGGAGAGGUUCGGCCUGCCUGCCCAGGAGGCGCUCGCCCACUACGAGGCCCCGCGGCUAUUGUGCGCGCGCGUCCAGGGAAUCCAAGGAGGACUUCGAUGGACUUCGACGCUUCGCUUCGUCCGAUUUAGAAGGGGGGAAACAUACCGAUGCCGCUGCCCUUCCUCGUUCUCGCCCUGUUGGGCCUCCCGAGAGACCAUCGUCGCCACGGCUGGAUUCUACUCGAAAUUCUGUUCAGAACGCACCCCAUGAGUGGUCGGGGAGAAGCGCUAUCGGUACCUUUUGUCGCCACAAACGAAAGCCAGGCGCAUGGUCUGACUGGUACCCACGGGGCCUCUGGCCAGAGGCCAGGGUCGAGGACCUCCAGGAUGAUCUUCG